ACAAAUUUGGUCGAUCAACCAGCUCGGACCGAUCAGACAGGCCAUGAAGGCCACGCAAGCAUGCAGAGCAGCAUCGAAGCAACUGGCGAGCAGCAGUACAGCUCUCCCAUCAGCGCAAACAGCGUCACGACCUUCUCCGCGACCACUCCUUUCGUGGCAAUCUCUGUCAUCGCCGAGCAUGAGACCGCUCUUUGCUUCCCAUUGCCUGGCUCGUGCAACUUUGCCUGCUCAGCGACAGUUUAGUCAGAGUGUGCCGCAUGCUCACGGGGGCAAAGGCAGGCCAGCGCCAGGCACGGGAGUCAAAGUGACUGUGAAGAGCAGCAAGGGCGAAGAGAUAAAGACAGUAGAAGGCAAUGUUGGGGAUGACAUAGUAGACUUGGCAUGGGAAUACGAUCUGGAUGUGGAAGCGGCAUGCGAAAAGAGCGUCGCCUGCUCGACGUGUCACGUCAUCCUCUCACCUGAGCAUUACGAUAUGCUCGAGGAACCCACAGACGAAGAGAAUGAUAUGCUUGACCUCGCAUUCGGACUGAAGGAAACGUCACGGCUAGGCUGUCAAGUCAAACUGACGAAAGAAUUAGACGGUAUGACCAUAACGCUACCCGCAGCAACUCGCAACAUGUCUGUAGAUGGUCAUAAAUCGAGUCAUUAGCGCUUGGCAUGCCUUGCAUAUUGCAUCCAUCUCUGCCAGAAGUUUGCAUGAUCUCAAUCGGAUGCUAGUGCUGCUCGGUAUCGAUCAAGCUAUGCCCAG